AUAAACGAAAGUGGCGUGGUUACUCUUCAAAUUGGCUCGAUCACAACUUCCGUUUUCUGUCACGUGGGGGACUUUGGAUGUGGAGAUGGAGCUUGGACCCUUGUUAUGAAGAUUGAUGGCAGCAAGUUGACUUUUCAUUACGAUUCCAAUUAUUGGAGCAACAAGGAAGAAUAUAAUCUCCCUGGAGGAGUGACUGGGUUUGACUCCUUAGAAACCAAGCUACCGACCUACUGGAACACAUCAUUCACCAAGAUCUGUCUCGGUAUGAAGAUUAACCAAGACUUCAGGUUCAUUGUCAUCGACAAGAUAGCUGAUUCCCUCUACACACUGAUCGCUGACGGGCAAUACCGCAACACCUCAUUGGGUCCUGACACGUGGAAGUCGUUGAUUGGUUCACAGGGUUACUUGCAACCUCACUGUAACAAAGAAGGGUUUAAUCUUGUACCGGAGAAACCAUACUGGAAGAAUAAAGCUUGUAAAGCAAGAAUCGGUAUUUUCGCCAACAACCAAAAAAAUUGCGACGAUGUUGACUCUAGAAUCGGGUUUGGAACAGGAGGAGGUAGAGAUAAAAACAACACAUGUGGAAACGAUGGAGACAGGAUCCAUAUCAAAGCCAUGGGAUAUAUCUUGGUUCAGUGAAGAGAACACCAACACAUUCUUCAAUGACAACAAUAGCAAUUAAGAACACAAUGAUACUUAACUGUCUGCACAGAAUAUAACGCACAACAUUUGAGUGAAGCAAUUGUAGAGGUAGUCGCUGACUUCGAGUCCAACUGACUUGAGUAUCCAAAUGUUACCGAUCUCACUGUACUCGAGACGUAAACUGAAAUACGAUUAUUAAUACUGGCAACACUACUUUUAGUAACUGGAAAGAUCAAUAUAACUAAAAAAAAAUAUAAUUUGGUUUACUAUUUAUAUCCAAUUUACUUUGAACUAAAGUUCCAUCGUAAAAUUACUGAGCAGUUUCGUACAUGCAAGAGAUUCGUUUGCUUUUCGCUUCCGAAAUUAUGAGAGCAAAAACCUAUAUACCUACAUUGUCACUUCCUCACCAAAUUAAGAAGUUUAUGUCUUAAUUCUAUUUCAACGCCUAAAGUCUGCUAGUUUUGACCCAGACAAUUGGGGUCUGUCCUCUGGUCAUAGGUGAUAAUUAUUGAUAAAAUAAAUUAAAAUAAAAAUUAAGAAUUAGUCUAUCUAAGAAAUGGCUUCAUUCUUAUACAAAAACAUCGCCAAAAGAG